AUGUAUAAAAUAUGUUUCACUUGUAUUACCUGUCAUCCCGUCAAUCAUCGAUUUUCUCGGAGGGGGCCAGUAACGUCUCUAUUCGUCCCUGUCGCGGGCCGGAGUGGACGUCAAAGCAGGAAGUACAGCAAAGCGAAAAGGUGAGCGCGGAGCCGGAUGUUCUUUGACUUCUUCACUACUCCCUCAAUAUUAAAUUCGUUUUUCAUAAACAUCGUCUUCAUUAAGCUCAAUCUCAAGCCGAUCUCUCCACAGGCACUAUCAAACUCGGCCAGCAUUCGUUCCGCCUGCUCGAUGUUCGGUGUUACAAGCACGAUGUCAUCUGUAAAGCGGAGAUGA